CAAUCACAGAAUUCGGACCUCCAGCGGGAGCUCGGUAACCUCAAGAAGGAGCUGGAACUGACCAACCAGAAGCUCGGCUCCAGCAUGCAUAGCAUAAAGACCUUCUGGAGCCCCGAGUUGAAGAAGGAGCGGGCGCUGCGUAAGGAGGAGAGCGCCAAGUACAGUCUCAUCAAUGACCAACUCAAGCUGCUUAACCAAGAAAACCAAAAACAAGCAAUGCUUGUGAGGCAGUUAGAAGAAGAACUGAGGCUUCGAAUGCGUCAACCUGCUCCUGAGCUACAACAACAACUGGAAGCGCUAUACUCCGAGAAUGAACAUCUGCAGAGAGAGAUAGCGAUAUUGAGGGACACCAUCAAAGAACUAGAGCUUCGUAUUGAAACUCAGAAGCAAACAUUGCAAGCUCGAGAUGAAAGCAUCAAGAAGUUACUCGAAAUGUUACAAAACAAAGGCAUGGGUAAAGAGGAAGAAAGGCAAAUGUUCCAACAGAUGCAGGCAAUGGCGCAGAAGCAGGAGCUCAAGGCGACGGCGGACACGCUGCGUGCGCUGCAGGCGCAGCUCGAGCGCGCGCUGGCCGCGGCCGGGCUGCCGGGCGGCAGCGCGGGCGCCACGCUCACCGCCGUGCUCGAGACCAAGGAAGCGCGCAUCGCGACGCUCGAGCGGCAGGUGGCGCUGCUCGAGAGCGAGCUGGCCGCGUUCGGGUCGCCGCCGCCGCCCGCGCUCGCGCUCGCGCUCGCGCCCUCGCACGCCUCGCUUUUCGAUAAGGCCGACCCUCCCUUCAAGAGACAAUUGGAUGAGUUCCGGUUGGAGAUCCAGCGGAGGGACCAGGAGAUCCUGGCGAUGGCGGCCAAGAUGAAGGCCCUGGAGGAGCAGCACCAGGAUUAUCAGCGCCACAUCGCUGUUCUCAAAGAGUCUCUUUGCGCUAAGGAAGAACACUACAGCAUGUUGCAAACAGAUGUGGAAGAACUAAAAGCCCGUCUAGAAGAGAAGAGCAGACUGGUAGAGAAGAAGACAGCAGCAGCGCUCGCCGCAGCUCACGAGCUGGCGGAACUCAGGGACCACUCCGAAAUCAAAGACCGAAAGAUCAAUGUGCUUCAGAGAAAGAUUGAGAAUUUAGAAGAUUUGCUUAAAGAGAAAGACAAUCAAGUUGACAUGGCCAGAGCAAGACUAAAUGCAAUGCAAGCACAUCAUUGCUCAUCUGAAGGCGCUUUAUCAUCUCUUGAAGAAGUUAUCGGUGAUAAAGAGAAGCAGAUCCAGCAAUUAAGAGAACAGAGAGAUAGAGCUGAACAUGAAAAGAACGAAGAAAGAGAACUACACGAAAGAGAGAUCGCAGAAUACAAAAUGAAAUUACACGCACUAGAAAGCGAAGUAGAGAAACUGGGUGCGAGGCUAGAAAGGGCACAAGCAGAGAAAGACCGUCUCGAAGCUAAGCUGGAAAGCUCACAAUCUGAGCUAGGAAAGUCUAAAGCUGAGUUAGAUAAAGCUGCAAGCGAAGUGGGUAGAUCAGGAGCUGAUUGGGAGGCAGCGAAACAACGUCUCGCCAGACUUGAGCUAGAGAACGAAAGACUCAAGCAUGAAUUGGAAAGAUCCCAAACUACAUUCGGCAGGAGUACUUUAACUACGUCUCAAGAGUUAGACAGAGUGCAAGAAAAGGCAGAUAAAUCUGCAGCGGAAUUACGAAGGACUCUAGCUGAAUUGAGAGUGACGCAGGCGGAUGCAGAAAGAGCCAGGUCGGAAGCGAGUGGGCUGCAAGAUAAACUGGAGAAGUCUCAAGGUGAAGUCUAUCGUCUCAAAGCUAAACUGGAAAAUGCACAAACUGAACAAGAUAGUCUUAAAGAGGAAUAUGAUCGGGUACAAUCCUCAAUAAGCCGCCUACAUUCAGAGAGGGACAAAGCUAUAGCUGAACUUGAGAAAGCAAGAGAGGAGCUGGAACGAACUCAAGCUACUCUCGGCAAGGCCCAGCUGCAGCAAGACAAGCUGCAAGCGUCACUGGAUUCAGCUCAUUCUGAGAUAGAUAAGCUGCAAGAGAAGUUAGACAAGGCUUCGGUUGAAGUUCGUAAGUUGCAAGUGGACAGAGAAAAACAAGCAUACGACUUUGAAUCGAUACAAUCUCAACUGGACAAAGCCUUGGGCCAAGCGGCGCGGCUUCAGAAGGAAAGAGACACCGCUCAGUUGGACGCUGAUAGAUUCCAUGAUAAGCAUGAAAAGGCACAGGCGCUAGUAGCUCGUAUCCAGAAGGAAAGAGAUACCGCACUAGCGGAGGCGGCGAGUUGCAGAGAGCGGGCAGAAGCCGCGGCUGCUGCUGCCAACAGAGCAGCUAGAGAUCGAGACAGUGCGGCGACAGAGUUAGAUGUUCUGCGAGAACGAUGGGAGAAGGCACACCAACAGCAUCAGAAGUUAACGAUGGAACGUGACGACGCACUUACCGAACUCGAAAUAUUGAAAGAAAAACUCGAUAAAGCAUUGUAUUCCACACAAAAGACUAUAGAAGAAAAGGAGACAGCGCACAAAGAAUACGAAAAGAUGCUUGAAAAAUAUGACAGGUCUCAGAACGAAAUUUACAGAUUGCAGAAUAAGAUAGACAUUUUAGAGGCUGACAAAGAUCGUAUCGAGCUUGAACUGGAAAAGCAAGUACAUUUAGCGAACAAGUCUCGCGAGGAACAACGAAAGUUACAAGACGAAUUGGCUAGAUUGCAGGAAAUGUAUGACAGAGCCUCUUUACAGCUUGGCAGGACAAAGGAAAUGGAAGAAAAGGCCAAAGAAGAUAUGGAUAGAAUGAGUGUCGAUAUCGAAAUGGUGAGGGAACGGUAUGAAAAGGGUCAAAUCGAACUACGAAGACUUCAAGCUGAGAAAGAAAAGUUACUAGCGGACAGUGAGAGACUUCAGUUUGAAUACGAUCGUGCGAUGACUCAAUGCGGUAAAGCACAAGCAUCGAAUGAAAAAACACAGGAAGAAAUGGCGAGAGUCCAAAUAGAGCUUGAAAAAAUGUACGACAAGAACGAUAAAGUAUCGUCUGAAUUACGUAGAGUACAAGCCGAGUUAGAUAAAGUAAAACAAGACGCUACUGGGGCCAGAGAGGAAGCCGAAAGAUACGCCUCUCGCUAUGGAAAGUAUCACGAUAGCAAGGAGGAGCACGAAAGGACUAAGUUGGAGGUGGAACGACUGCGCACGCGGCUCGAGAAGACAUCGCUAGACUUGGAGCGGGCACGCAAAGCUGAGGAAGAGGUGACCCGUCUGCGCUCGGAGCUCGAACGCGUGGAAGGCCUCCGAGGUAAAUACCAAUUCGAACAGGAUAAAUGGAGUAAUGAAAUAAAUAGAAUGCAGGCUGAACUGGACAAGAAUCGCGAGCGCUACGAAUCAUCGCAAGCAGAGAUACAAAGAACGGAUCUCGAACGCGCUCAUAUUGAGUGCGAGAAGUUUAGGGACCGAUGUGAAAAGUUAAAGCUGCGCACAGAACAGUUGGACAAAGAUAAUGAGAGGCUCAAAGGCGAAUUGCAACAAAUCGAACGAAUGAAGUUGCAAGCGGUAGCAGGAGAUAAAGCGAGAACCGAAGACAGAUUAGAAAUUGAACGCCUUAGAGAUAAAUUAGAGAAAGCUAUUCAAGCAAGGGAUGCAACCGAGAUGGAAGCCGGCCGCUUGGCGAAGGAACUAGAAAAGUCACAGAUGCAUCUUGCUAAGUAUCAAGAAACAAAUGAAACAACAAGAGUGGAAUAUGAUAGAAUGACAAACGAGUUGGGCCGUAUGCAUGAACGGCUUGAACGAACCAUUCUUGAAAUGCGACAGAUCGAACAAGAGAGAGACUCGCAGCUCGAGAUGCUCGUUCAAGAAUUGGAAAAGAGCCAGCUCGAUCUCCGCGAAGCGAACAAGAAAUUACAAACGGCUGGCGCUCAGAGCGCCAAAGCUGGGGAAGAUUCAGCGCAAGCUAGAAAGCAACUACAAGAAGAGAUGAAGAAGUUAGAAGACAUGAAGAGACAGUUCGAUGAACAGAGAAGAGCAGUAGAGAAUAAGAGGAAAGAUGUAGAGGAAAAAGAAAAGUCACUGACUGAACUGGAUCGACAGUUAAAGAAGAGAAAAGAACAAAUGGACCAAAUGGAAGCAUCUUUGAGGAAGGCGGGCGGUAGCGCAGCAGCGGUGACGGAGAUGAACCGUAAGCUGACAGACACUCAGAAGGAGGCGGACCAGGUGAAGCAGCAGUUGAAACAGAGCGAGGAGGAAUCACGGCGGCUGACAGCGGAGACGGAGCGCCUGUUGCAGCUCGUGCAGAUGUCACAAGAGGAACAGGCACAGAAGGAGAAGCAGAUUAUGGAUCUGCAGCAAUCGAUCAGAAGCCUUCAAGCCAAACUGAAAAGUCAGCAACAAGCACAAGCACAAAGAGAAGAGGAAUUAUCGCGAGCAAAUAAUAACGAACUAGCAGCUUUGGGUGAUUUAACAAAAGCAUUGAAAGAAAGAGACUAUUUAAAAACAAAAUUAGAAGAGAGCAGAAUGAAGAUAAUCGAUUUAGAGAUUGAAUUGAAUCAAUCGUCAUUAAUACUGUCAGAAGUGUUAAAAAUAUCAGACGGACAGUUGGGCAAUAUAAAGAAAAGCAGAAGUUUCUUUGAACUGCAGAAGAGUGGUAAGGUAGCGGAUAGAUUAGACAAAUGCAAAUUCAGUCAAAGUGCAAGCAAUAUAAAUUUAAACAAUAAAACAGAUAAUAAACAAACACAACCUAACAUGAACAAAUUAACAAGAAAAAUAACAGAUCUAUCGAAUGAAAUGGGAAUAAAGAAUUCAAAAAUUAUAGAACAGCAGAGAUGUAUAACCAUUUUAGAGGAAGCGUUAAGAGAAAAUAAUAACAUUGCUGAAUUUGAACAACUUUUAGCAGUUGUAAGAAGUAAAGACGAGAGAAUUAAUGAAUUAGAACAAAUGAUUAAAAACAAAACAUUUACUGUCUCUACGGAUAACAAGGAAUCUAGGAUUUUAGAAUUAGAAGAUGCACUGAAAGAGUCUAUAAUGAUAGCAGCAGAAAGGGAAAAAGUAUUUAAUGAAGAGGAACAAAGAAGAAUUGAAACGUUACAAAAGAUGAUGAAGAUGGAACAACGUAUAAGAUCUCUGCAGAACGCUUCAGCGCUGAGUUGUGAGACGUGCUCGUCGGUGCUAAAGCGAUUGAAGCUGCUAGAAGAUCAGCUUCAGAAUUGCGAGAGCAAGAAACAAGAGAUACUGCGGCAUUCGUCGCAUGUUAUUCAAGAUAUGUUAGAAGAGGCGAUUAGUGGAAAAGAUUCGAAAAUAGCAGAACUUGAGAUGAAAGGUGUUCUGGAUGAGAACGAGACAAAUGCAUGUGACCUGCUAAAGCGUGAGCGAGACAGAUUGCUGCACAGACUUAAGAUCGAGAACGAAUGGUUAGUCGAUUCCCAACGAGAAAUCCCGUUGGAAGCAUCACAGAACAUCUCUCUGCCUGACCUCACUCUAGCCGACGGUCAAAUAGCUGUCUGCGAGGACAUCGUCUGGGAGGAGGACAUCCCAGGGACAGUGCUAUGACAACAGAAAGCUAAGUUUUAAAUAAUUAUGUUGUGGCCUUAGCCCCAUCACCGCAUUGUCACCAUCACCCGCUACCUUACCAAUCAUUCUGCUUAUCACCAGCAUUAACCGAAACUCGCUGUCAAAAUGUAUGCUGCGAAUUUCCGAACGUGUAACUGUCAAAUGUCAUACCAAAGAGGUUGUUUUUUUUGUAAAUAAACUUUUUUGUUU